AUGUCGUCGACCGAGAAAGGGCGUUUGUCUACGUCUGAAGGCUUCAUAUGUGGGGGCAUCGCUGCCUGUAUCGCUGUGACAAUAUCUAACCCUGCGGAGGUUGCCAAGACACGACUUCAGCUCCAAGGCGAGCUGGCCAAAGGCGGGGAGAAAAAAGUCUACAACAGCGCCCUUGACGUGUUUUCGAAGACGUGGAAAAAUGAGGGAAUCCGAGGGAUGCAACGCGGAUUAGGUCCUGCAUAUGCCUACCAAAUACUACUCAACGGAAGUCGCCUAGGGUUUUAUGAGCCGUUUCGACAUGCCAUCAACGACCUCAUCGGUCGUGCGCCCACUGAGCAAAUACCUAUUACUUCCGUCAUAGCAGGUGCAACAAGUGGUGCCGUUGGGGCUUCAUUGGGCAACCCAUUAUUCUUGAUCAAAGCACGGAUGCAGGCAUAUUCUCCCGCCCUUCCUGUUGGUGCGCAACACUACUACAAGAGCUCAUUCGACGCCCUUUCAACAAUAUAUCGGCAAGAAAAGCUCCGCGGUCUAGUGCGCGGUAUAGAUGCGGCAAUUUUACGAACGUCCAUGGGUUCUUCAGUGCAACUUCCUAGUUAUAACUUUACCAAAAACCAGCUGGUAAAGCACGGGAUUCUUCCGGAUAACAGCACAUGGACAUUCCUUGCGAGUAGCACAGUUUCGGGGAUGUGUGUUUGCAUGGCAAUGCAGCCAGCUGACACGGCUCUAACCCGGAUGUACAACCAACCUACGAAACGCAAUGAGGCUGGAAAAGUCGUGGGGGUUCUAUAUCGUAAUCCCAUCGACUGCCUAUGGAAGACUUUCAAGACUGAGGGUGUACGUGGAUGGUACAAGGGAACAACGGCUCACUUUUUACGGAUAGCGCCGCAUACUAUCGUCACUUUGACGGCCAAUGACCUGAUUAUAAACCUUUACAAGUCUAUCAAGCACAACGAUUCAUAG